GAGUAGAGUAAAGUGGUCUCAUCCUUCAAAUUUGGAAUCACGCCGAUAAAGCCAAAAUAAAAUACCCCACGGAAAAGCUCCGACAACACCAAAGUAACUCAUCUUCUUCUUUUUUCCCCCACUCCGAGGAUUCUAAAGCAUAAAAGCACCAUUUUGUCCACAAUCACUAUGCCCUAAAAAAAAAAACCCGUCUUUGAAAUCCUUUUCAUGCUUCCUCUUACAUUCCUCGAUUUCUUUUUUCCCCUCUGAGAAAAGUGACUUCCUUUUGAUUUUGAUUCUUCUUUUUAGUCUUUCUGCAAUGAUUCCGUAUUUUGAAUUAAGGGUUUAUAAGAAAGCAGAGAUUGGAGAGUUUGGUUUAUCCUUAAACUAUCGCAAUGGGUGCUCUCAGAUUAAGAAAUGUUGGUCUGAUUGAUUCAAAGGGUUGUUCUAAGUUGUUCCCUGUCUCACAAUCUCCUCCAAUGUCUCAGUCCAAUGGACCUUUCUCUUCUCUUGUCAUUUGUGUCACUGGUUUAUCCAAAGAUGCGAGAAAACAAGUGAAGGAAGCGACAGAGAGACUAGGAGGCGAGUACAGUCCUCACCUGCACCUGCGAUGCACUCAUUUAGUAGUCCAGAGCUCUUGUGGACGUAAGUUUGAGCACACUUUGAAACAUGGGGCAAGAAAAGGUCUCUUUGUUGUUACAAUUGGCUGGUUUGUAGAUAGCGUCAAGAGAAACCUCAGGAUGAGCGAAUCACUUUACAAUGUUAAACAACUUGGACAAAAUUGCGAAAAGGUGGAUGAUCUGAGCCGGGUAUUUGAUCUCGAACCUAUUUGUCGUCCUAGGCAAAUUCAGCAAGCUGUACCUUUUGGCACAUCAACGAAGAACUACCAAGUAUCUUCUACUGGAACAGAGUCUGGCACUAGUGUAGACAUGACUCUUGCUGACCACUGCAUGUAUGUUGAUUCAGACAUUUCAGAUGAACUCCGGCUUAAGGUGUUAAAGGUUGCUGGAGAGCAAGGAGCAAAGGCCAUUGAUUCAUGGUUUAUUGGUUGCAAUGCAAGUCUUGUUGUGUGUGAAGGUGCUUCUAUCCAGAGAUAUCUUGGCCAUGCCAAAACUAUUGUCUCACCGCUAUGGGUUCUGAAAACAGUGGAAAAAAAUCGACAAAGACUUGUUCAUAUGUCACCUGAUUUAGCCAGACAGUUAGGAUUAAUGCUUGAAAACUUUGAAGAUGGCGCUACAAAGGAGAAAACUUGUGAGGAAGGUAAUCCUCAAGAUGCUACGAAAUUCAAAAGUAAAUCAAAACAACAAAGGAAAGAGACUGUAAAUAUUGCUAAAACCGGGGUUAGGAGACGCCGUACUCGCCACAUGCAGACUUGUCAAAACCCAAUAAGACGCAUAACACAGAACAGAAAAUCACAAUCUUUGUGA